AGAAUAAAUGAAUUAUGGCAUUAGCACAUAAGACCACUGUGAAGGACUUGUGCAGUGCAGGAUUCCAGUUUACACUGCAAAGGACACGGUUUCUGGAUGCUGGUGUUCCCUGCCUGUCAGAUGCAGCAAUCUUGUAUGAGCCUGUGUAUGGCUUUGGUUUAGUGAAUGCAACAACAAAAAGCCCCAAAGCAAAAUGCAAACAUUUUUGCAGCUAUGAACUAAAUGUACAUUUUUAAUUCAGAAUUUCAAACCUUAAACUUGUAAAUUGUACACAUUUGACAGGGCUACAAUGGCUAGAGCAUCCAUGCCCUUCCUGCCACUUGAGCAGACCAAAAAUGCAAUUCCAGGAAAUAUCUAUAAAAUGAAGUCACUAUCAGACUCCUCUUUGAAAUAAGGUUUCACAGGCUCCACAGGUACAGUCAGAAAACUGCUGCUCUGGGCUGGUGCACUCCUCUCAGACAUUUAAUUAACUCAGAAGUGAAACUGGUGGUCACUGUCUUUACACAGAGGUUGGGCCAUACCAACUCUAAAUCUAAAUAGGGGUCUCAAACACAUUUAUUUUGACUGACAUUAGUUUGCUAUGAAUUGAAUGUUUUAUGUAUGGCUCUAACAAGCAGGUUUGCUGUACUAUUGAGAGUUCUUCUUGGCUCUGUGUAACUCAGGUUUAAGAUGUCACUGUUUGAAAUCUGUCAUACUAGUUCUGUUUGACUUUUCAACAAGUGUUCAUUGUGUGUGUUUGUGCAAGAGAUCAUGUCACUGUGAUGAGUGUCCAGUGUCGUGUGCGUUAUCUAGUGUGUCACACUGUGCGUGUUACCUGGUGUGACACUGCUGGGUGAACAGUGGGUGUGUCUUCUCAUGUGGGUGUGUGUUAGCUUGUGUAUCACUGUGGUGUGUGUGUGCAUAUUACAUGGUGUGUCGCUGUUCUGAGUGUCCGGUAUGUGGGUGUGUGACUUUUUUUUUUUAAUUAUUAUUAUUAGUUGCAUUUAUAUAGCACCUUUCUCAAGGUCAAGGUGCAUCACUGUGCUGAGUGUCCUGUGUGUGUGUAUGUGUGUGGUAGGAUGGCCUCUGCUCUAACAGUGAGCUUGACUGGGCAGAUUGUUUUUCACCGCAUGUGAUACCUGGAAUGCCACAUCAUGGGAUGUGCCCUUUCAGCUUGUGACAGUGACUCAUCAGGUAUCAGGAGGGUCGUUAGCUUCCCAAAACAUAGAUAGGUAAUAAAUAAUAAGAGUACCUAUGUAAUAAGGUCUGGUCUGCUACUGAAUACAAUAUAUCUUUUCCCUGUGUAAGGUUAGUAUGUCGCGGGGUCAAUAUACGUGCAGACACAAUCAAGUUUAAUCUAGUUUUAGCCUCUUGUUUUGGGUGAAGCACAAGUUUGGAAAUUGCUUGUGGUUGUAGAUAAAAUACUACAGGUCCCACAAUGCACCUGGCCAGACAUGGUGUUAUACUUGGAAAAUAAACUACAGUUAUAGAGCUUACAAUUUAUUUUGAGGCUGAAGCCUUUGAAAGGAAAAGGCUGAAGUACACAGACUUAGUGGCUGAAGUGAGAGAACGCAGGUGAUAGGUGGCUAUAAGACCAGUAGAGACAUGUGUUAGACCAGUAGAGUUAGAGGUUAGACCAGUAGAAAAAAGUGUCAGAUAAGGGAGAUGGCUCUGAGAUGGAAAAUAAAGAGCAACAUUUAAAAGGAACACACAAUACUGUGUGAGAGACGUCACAAAAUACAAAAACGACAUGCAGUACUUUGUGACAUCACAAAAUACAAAUGCAACAUACAGUACUGUGCGAGUGACAUCACAAAAUACAAAACAGGCCAUGCAGUAGUGUGACAUCACAAAAAAAAAAAAGUUUGUCCUAGUAAGGGAUUGAGUGUCAAGGAAUUUAAGGUCACAGCUCUAUGUCUACCACACCCUGUCCAUGAGCUGGCUGCUGUCUCCUGAUGCUGAACUGCCCCCACAUCUAGAGAACCUUAAACACACACAAAAAACCAUCAACAGCACAGCAGAAAAGCACCCAGCACACGAGGGAGAUGAGCUGGACUCCAUCCUGGUCUUAAUCUGGAUGUGGCCCUUCACACACCCACUUACACAGAUGUCCUGUAGCUUGUUCAACAUCACAGGUUGUCAUUUAAUAGGUGACAGAAGUCAGUAUGCCCAAGCACAUGGGGUUAUGUUUCAUCACAGAGAGAUUCAUAAUAACUGGCCAGACCUCCUGGAAUUGUCACGACCUCCACUCCAGAAAUGGGUCUGGAUGAACAUGGAGUCUCCAGCCAAUUCACAAAAACUGCCUGGUCUUGAUAAUCUAUUCAAUCUGACAGCAAACUAUCGGAGAGACUCAGAUAUCUGGGUGCCUUAUGGGUGGAUUGUAGAGGCAUCUAAUGACAACAAAGCCUUUAAAAUACCAAAGAAGGACAAACUAGUCUGCUGGUUCGUCAACAACUGGGACAAACAUUUUUUGCGUGUGAAAUACUUCAAUGAAUUUAGCAAAAACACAAAGAUAGAGAUUUACGGUGGACACUUUGACAGGUAUCAAAGCAAGCAAGAUUAUUUUAAAAUUAUAUCAAACUGUAAAUUCUACUUAUCCUUUGAGAACUCCAUCUAUAAAGACUACAUCACAGAAAAGCUGUAUAAUCCACUGACAUCUGGCACGGUACCUGUGGUUCUUGGCCCACCCAGGGAGAACUAUGAAGAAUUUGUACCUGGGAAUUCCUUCAUCCAUGUGGUUGAUUUCAGAUCCCCUGAACAACUUGCAGAUCAUCUUAAAUUACUGGACCAAAACCAGGAGAUGUAUGAACAAUACUUCACCUGGAGAACACACUUUACUGCUAAGGUUUCUUAUUUUGGUGUGGAUCACGCUUGUGGUAUUUGUGAUUAUAUAAGUAAACACAAGAGCUACUGAGUAUUUAAAAGCCUUAAUAAAUGGUAUUGGGGUCAGCUGGAUUUGUAUGAGAUGAUCCUUCCAGAGGGAAACAAAAUGGAAUUAAAAUAUUCUUCCUCUUCUUGUUUUCAUUAUUAUUAUAACCCUAAAUCUGACCCCCCAUUAUGUGGUGGUCUCUUUCUCUGAGACUAUUGCUUAGCACUUCACCGCUAAUCUCAUAAUCCAAGCCUGUCCCACCACGCAGGAGCCAUCAUCAUUAGAUAUUUUAGGUGGGUGCAACCCCACUGUAUUUGACUAGCGCAGGUGAUGAAAUAUGUUGUUUAAGGGUUGUAGUUUGGUUUGGUUUAGUUCAGUUCUGUGCUGGUUAAAUAUUUUGUUUUUUAAGUGUUAGGGUUUGGUUUGGUUUGUUUCUGCAGUGAUUAAAUUAAACUGGACAUAUUCCUGGCUGCCCUACUGCACAGAUAGCCUUAUAGAAGGUUAUUCCACAGUGUGGGAGCAUUAUAGGAAAAGGCUCUGUCGCCUGUGGUAGGUUUUCUUAUUCUUUGUAUUGGUAAAGAGCUGCACCUUUUUAUCUAAGCAGAUGUGGUGGAUCGUUGCAUUAAGAGUUCUCUAAGGUACUGUGGGGCAUAACCAUUCAGUGCU